CACACCCUACAACUUUCGUCGCUCAUGGCCGAAUGAAAUCUCUGCCAACGCACAACAACAACACAACUCCGUGGGAAGCGAGCGAGAGAGAGAGAGAGAGAGAAAGAGACGGGUCAUUCUCUUGAUUUUCGAUCCGUUCACCGCCUUCUUUCUUCUCCACUCGAUCAAAAAACCCAAAAUCUCAGAUGGGUUUCAUUGAUUCAUUCAGUUCAAUCGAUUGGGAGCAUGAAUCUUUCCCUUCUUAUCAGGAUUUCUCUUUUCUUCCCCUUUUUGCGCUUCUCUUUCCCACGGUUCGGUUUUUCCUCGACAGAUUUGUCUUUGAGAAAGUGGGAAGAAGAUUGAUAUUUGGAAAAGGCUAUCAGCUGAAGGAUGUGAAUACAGAUGAGAAACGGAAGAAGAUAAGAAAAUUCAAGGAGUCAGCCUGGAAAUGUGUUUACUUUCUUUCUGCAGAGCUGUUGGCUCUAUCUGUUACAUAUAAUGAGCCUUGGUUUACUAGCACCAAGCAUUUUUGGGUUGGACCAGGAAAUCAGGUCUGGCCUGACCAACGAGCUAAGUUGAAAUUGAAGGGAUUAUACAUGUAUGCAGCUGGAUUUUAUACGUAUUCCAUAUUUGCCUUGAAUUUUUGGGAAACAAGACGUUCAGACUUUGGAGUGUCCAUGAGCCACCAUGUGGCAACUCUCAUUCUCAUUGUGCUUUCCUACAUUUUUAGAUUUGCUCGUGUUGGUUCUGUCGUUCUCGCUCUUCAUGAUGCAAAUGAUGUGUUUCUUGAGAUUGGGAAGAUGUCCAAAUACAGUGGCGCUGAGACAUUGGCUAGCAUUGCAUUUAUACUCUUUGUGUUGUCUUGGUUGCUAUUACGUCUCAUCUACUAUCCAUUUUGGAUCCUUUGGAGCACAAGCUAUGAAGUCCUCCUUGUAUUGAACAAGGACGAACAUCCCAUUGAUGGACCAAUCUACUACUAUUUGUUCAAUACUCUUCUAUUUUGCCUCUUAGUUCUUCACAUAUAUUGGUGGGUGCUAAUUUACCGAAUGCUUGUUAAACAAAUCCAAUCUAGAGGACAGAUUAGUGAAGAUGUUCGUUCAGAUUCCGAGGGAGAGGAAGAACACGAAGAUUGACGAGGAAGAAUCGAUGCAGAAAAUUGUGUUAUAUACAUGAAAGGUUUGGUAUAAAUCUUAAACCAUUUGGAUGAUCCUACAAGAAACAGAAACUGGCAUCUGCUGCAUGUGAUUAUGAUUACAGAAACUAGAUCAAAACUGUUCUUAGUUCUAAUGUCAAUAACUUAAAAUUCAUUAAUACUUGUGGAUUGCUAGUGAGUAUCCAUGUUGGUUUUCUGGGCAGCAGAUGAGAUAGAUAGAUAAGAGAUUAGCCAAAACAAAUAGUUGGGUCUGGGAUGUGUAGAUGAACGAUCGAAUGAGCGAACGAACGAACCGUGUAUCGCUUCAUCGAUACAUUCCGGGUAAGAGAAGAGUUGGCAGUUGGAGGAAUUUGAAUCUUGAUUAUAUAUUCUUUGUCAUUUACUGAACCAUUCAUUGAGUUGGAUGAUGAACAGCCAGCCAUUGUGUUCAUAGUGAACUGAAUUUUAUGUUCAUGCUGUAUUUGUCUCUGUUUAUUAAUGUGAAACUGCCCAAUUUCUUGUA